AUGGCAAGGUGGCAGUAUAAGGUCAUGAACGAGUUGGACCGUGAGAAAGCCAAGACACCCCGUGGGUGGCCACAGCUCGGACCAACAGGGUCUUUCCGCCUCAAUGGGAGCUCCACACGCGUGUCCUACAAGUGGUACGGGGCAGAAAUCCUUCAGUUCCGAAUUGCGAUUGUGUUGUAUCGCAAUGAUGCGAAGGCAGAUGGCGAAACCCGCUACAUGAUCGCCAGGCCAAUCGCGGCUAUUAGUGUGACCCUCACUGCCACCCGCAUCCAGGAGCACUUGAUUUCCUGCCAAGUUCGUUUCCUGUCCGGCGACGUGGUGAUGCAAGCCCGAUACCACGAGGAAACAUGUGGCGGAGUGGUCUACGAUGCCAUCAAGACCGAGCUGGCAGCAUCUGGCAAGUACACAACCUGGGACUUGGCGACCCUCAAAGUGGUGCAUGGGUCGAAGGUGCUCAAUGCAUCGUGCCAGCUGCGCAGACUCAUGGAUGGGAGUGGCAAAGGGAAUGGAUCUACUUCUACUUCCGCAAUGGGCCGCGGAAAGGGCAAAGUACUGAAGAAGCCAUCCAAGAAGCCAUCUGUGAAUAAGAAGACGGCCGGGAAGCAUCACUGA